AAAAUUAACAAUGAACCUCGACAGAUCCCCUAGAACAGGAAACUUCUCUCUCAAAGGUACACCAAAUGCCCCCAUCCCAAACGCUCCGUCUCCCCUUCCUUAUAUUGCCUUGGGCACCUCUCUAGCUACCAUGAAACAGCACCAAGUAUUUCCAAAGUCUACUUCCCCUAGAAAGCUCAAGAACUUGACCAGCCUGGUCAAGUCCUUGGUCGCACAGCGCUGAAAGCCUUUAGAGGAAAUAGUCAGGAAUUUGAGAAGAGAAAUGAAAUUGAUGAAGAAGCAGCUGAGUGGAAUGAAGGAGGAAGAGAAGAAGGUAGAGAGGAAGGAAGAGAGGAAGAUGAGAAAGGAGAAGUUGAGUCAGGAUAUACCAACAAUACCAGUGGUGAAUAGGACUUUUGGAGAGGAAAUGAAAGAAAUGAGGAAGAGUUUAGCACCUUUGGUGCCGCUUUUGGGGUUUAAGGCUGUUAAAGUGCCUUCUAAAUUGAUUCAUUCUUCGAGGAAUAGUGAGAUUCCUCAUAUUCAGACUUUUAACGAUGUUGAUGAAGGUAGUAAUAAUAACCCUCCGGUGGUUUGAGUUGAUUUAAGUGAAAGAAAACAAUCACAUGAAAGCAAAUUUUUAGACAAACAGAGUAAAAUAUCUGGAGAAGCGGAUGAUUUUGAAGCUAAAAUAAAUAAGCCAAUAUCUCCAGAACAAAGUUUUGUGGGAAGGAAACCCGAAGAAGAGACCAAGAAUAUGUUUAUGAUAGAUAGAUCCAAAUAAACAUAAGCAGAUCAAGAACACUCCUCCGGUUAACAUAAGUUCCAGGAAGAACUCUUUUUGGCCAAAGUGUGAGUCUGAAGAGAGUUUAAAGAUGGAGAAUGUGCCGCUUUCCACUCUGAAUAAUCACGAAUCUCUCUGAAAUACAGAAUCGAAUGUUGAUUACUAUACUCCUUCAGUCCGUUUCUAUGAUAAUAUGAUGCCUGCUCCUGAAGUUCAAAAGCAGUUGAUUCUUCAGACAAAUUGAGGAGAUUCUCAACUUGAUAUCUCCAGUUUUGCUAUUUCUAUUAAUUGGUGGAAGUCUUGGUGUGACUAUAUUAACAUUGAAUUUGAUGAGCUGAUCAAAAAUAGCAAUUUGUCUCACAACAAUACUUCUAAAGCUUCUGAAUCGAAUAGGGAAAGUUUGGUUAAAGGAGUGAAUCCAGGUGACGAAAGUGUUCUAGACUUAGUAUCAGACCUCCCCUCAAUACCCUCUCCAAAAUCCCCCUCCAAACCCCUCCCCGACCAAAACCUGCUCUCUUGGCAAGAACUGUACCCUCCCCCAGGCAAAAUCGACAACUCCUGCUUAAUAAAACUCGCCUUCUCAGAGGAUAUUGCAGAAAGUGAUAGUGACAACCAGCAGUUUGAGUUUAAUAAGGAGAUGAUGGAGGGGUAUGAUUAUGUGAAGGUGACAGAGGAUGUGUGGGAGAGAUUGGCCAAAUGGUAUGAUUAUGAUUAUGAGUUAAAGUUUGCGUAAAGUUGAGGAUUGGAG